AUGAAACUCCACUUGGCCACUGGCCUGGUGUUUUUCCUCGCGACCGCUGAAGCUGUAGGAGCUUCAAGCUGGUGGAGUAAAGCUGUGUACAACAAAUGGCACGAAACAGAGCUUGAGAGAUGGCUCUCAGACCAUGACAUUCCUCACCCUUCUCCCGCCGAUCGCAGGGACCUCGAAAGCUUGGUCAAGUCCCACUGGGAGACCAAGGUACAGAAGCCCCUCGGCGCAGUUGCUGAUCAGAUCACGGACGAGUUCCACUAUGCCAAAGAAUGGGUCUUUGAUAGCUGGUCGGAUUCGCAGCUCAAAUCAUUCCUCGAUUACCAUGGUAUCCCCGCACCUCAGCCCCGCAAGCGUGACGUCCUCAUCAAGACUGCCCGUGAGAAUUAUGAAGCGAUUGCAAAGAAAGUCGGUGAGACAGCUGCUUACCCUGGCAACUGGGUGUAUGAGCAGUGGUCCGACUCUGAUCUAAAGGAAUGGCUUGACGAGCGCGGAUGGCCGGCACCCCAGCCUAGCACCCGAGACAAGCUCAUCGCCUUGGUGCGCCGCAAUUCACGAACCGCUAGUCUUCAAGCACGCGCUCUCACGGCAUCCGCUAUUGCAUCUGCCGAGGCCGCACAGGCAUCGCUAAGUGAUGAGUUGUUCAACGCCUGGUCUGACUCCAGGCUGAAGGAGUUCCUUGACGAGCACGGCGUGCGGGUGCCGCAGGGUUCCAAGCGCAACGAGCUUAUUGCUCUUUCUCGCAAGCACCGUGCUUAUCUCGUCGAUCAAGCUGCUAGUGCAUCCGCUGCUGCCUCUGAGGCUAUCGGGGCUGCCACUACCAAGGCUGGGAACCAAUUUGCUCGGGCAACGGACGACGCCAAGCUCAAGGCGGAGGAUCAAUUCAAUUCCGCUGUCGAUGCCUGGUCUGAUUCACGUCUUAAGGCAUUCCUUGACGCUCGUAGUGUUCCGGUUCCUCAGGCUGGUAAGCGUGAUGAGCUUGUCGCUGCCGUGCGUGCUAGUGCGCAUCGGGCUGCUGGUGGGUGGAAUCAAUACAACUUUGAUACCUGGGACAAGGAGCACCUCCUCAAAUACCUGUCCGCUGUCAAUGCCAAGGCCGCAAAGAAGGCCGAUGCCUCUCGUGAAGAGCUGGCCAAGUAUGCCGAGGAAAAUUACGUCAAGGCUUCCAAGAUUGGUGGCGAGCAAUACGCAUCGGCUACUGCAGCAGCGGCACAGGCCACUGGCGCUGUCAAGGAUGCCACUUUUGAGCAGUGGUCGCAGUCUGAGCUCAAGCACUACUUGGACUCAUAUGGUAUCCCCGUGUACCAGGGUUCCAACAUUAACGAGCUUCGGGCCGUCGCUCGCCGCCACGCUACCUACUUCAAGUAUGGCACAACGAACCCUCAAGACACCAUUUACGCCAAGGUUGUGGAUACUUUGCAAUGGGCCUUCGAUCAGUUGAAGAUCGGCGCCUCCAGUGGACGCGCCCAGGGCCAUGAAGCCGCUGAGAAGGUCCGUGAGAAGGCCUCUGAGCAGGCUCAGCGUGUUCGCAGCGAGCUGUGA